GUAAUUUUUAUGUAUUUAUGACAUAUUUUUAGCAUUAAUUUUUUUAUAUUGAUAAAUAUUGUAAACAUAGUUUAAUCUAUUCCUCUCCCCAAACGAUGCCUUCACAAAAUUGUUUUGUUUUGCGUCGCCCUUAUCAGUAGUGUAAUAAGUUGUAUAUAAUUUCAAUGGGUUGAGCAGUCUAUUAUUCCGGGGAAUGGGUAAAUUACAAAUCUCGAAUAUUUGUGAUUCUAGCCAGCAUUAUUACUUACGGGAUUUCUUAUGGGAAGCAGUUUCUGUGUCUAGGUCUCAAGAUGGUGUACAGGUCAGGAGGGUCUGAGGAGAGGCCGCAGAACGUGUUCAGGAAUGAUGGCAGCUUCCUAGAGAUGUUCAAGAAGUUGCAGGAGACUAGAGAUGCCGGCCCCUCGACUUCAUCUGCUGCAGAAAAGGAAGGUGACUCCCCGGCUGAGGAGAAACCAGUCAUUGCCAAGCCCCCGCCAUUUGUUGGUAAGAGAAGAGGAGGUCGUGUUCUGCCUACAGGUAAAGUGAAAAAAGCUAAAUUGGUGAAAGUAGAAGAAACAAACGAGGGGCCUAAAGAUGCCUGGUCAGUUUACUUAGAAGAAGUUAAAAGAUAUAAGGAAACUACUUGUGAAGAGGAUGAGAAGACUCGGCCAUUAGUAAAGUGAAUUGUUGAGUGUUUUCUUUUGGAUGUUGCAGAAAAUUAAACUCGCUACCCAUUCCCUGGUGCAAUUUGCUGCUUUAGAUCAGAAAUCUAUCUUGAAUUAACUAUUUUAAAUGUUUAGGUUUAAUUAUCUGUAUUAGCUUUUCUGUGUUUUUGUUUUUAAAUCACCUUUUUGUAAGGAAAAAAAAAAAAGAGAGGAUCGAUUAAAUUAACUUGAUACUUAUGAAGAUUAUAUUUGAUCUUUUUUUUUCAGUAACUAAUUUUUGCAUAGUCACUUUUUUUAUAUUUUAUUUUAAGUUUUAACUUAGCUUAUAUUUUCUGAUAUUAAAUUUUCUAGAUUGUUUUUUUGUGAUAGAACUAUUUAUUUAUAUUAAGUUUUAGUUGUUACUCGGAGAAUUGAUUAUGUUGAAUAUAUUUUGUUAAAUAAAUUGUUUAAGGUCUUAUGUAUAUAAAUUAUUGAUAAUAGACUACUUUAUAACUUUUUAUUAAAUAAAAAGUAUUAAUAGUUUAAUGG